AUGGCGUCUAAUACUCGUCCCAAGCCUGCGCGCACAAGUUCCAACCACCAUAGGAAUACACUAUCCAUGCAGAGAACCGAAAUCACAAUCAACGUUUACGAUCUGCUGCCUCCCGGCAAGAUCUCGAGUAUCCUCUGGGCAAUCGGAAGCUCUCUCUUGCACUCUGGUGUAGUCAUCGGCGAUAAGGAAUACGCAUACGGGGGACACGACCGGAGAGACCUCACUGGAGUUUAUUGGACCAAACCCGGACUGGAGCCUCCGGGUGGCACUUUCAAGCAAGCAAUUCUACACGGCUUCUCAUUCCGCCCUGCCGAGGAACUGGAUGCUAUCAUACAAGAGGCCUCACAUGAGUUCCAAGGGACAUCAUACAACCUACUCACAAAAAACUGCAAUCACUUCACAUCAUAUCUCUGCGAAAAACUCACCGGUCGCCCAGCCCCGGGCUAUUUGAAUCGUGCGGCUAGCAUCGGCGUCGCUCUUCCAUGCGUUGUACCACGGGAAUGGAUAGCGCCACCGGAUUAUGAUACUGCGGAUGGAGAGUUACUUGACGAAGAAUUCGAAGACGAAGGGUCGUCGAUGCUGCGACACGAUCGAGAACGAGAACGCGCUCGGACAGCUCAGGAGACAAGGGGCUGGGAGAACACGAGCAAUUCUGCUGGAAGUAGUCGAAGUAGUCAGGGAGGCGCAAGAGGGCAUAUCAGGAAUGAGACCAGAAAUCUUGCGCCCAGGCUUGUCAGCAUCGCGGAGACAGAUUCUAGUGGGAGGACUAUGCCGCCCGCUGAAAGGGCGCCACUCCCGAGGAAUCUAACAUGA